AUGAUGCGCUCCGUCCUCCGCCAUCACGCCGUGCAGGCUCGGUUAACAACACGGCCACUCUCGUCUCCGCUAUGCCGGCGUGCGUACUCUGCUGCUCCCCCUCCCCCGCCUCCGACGCCGACGCCGAAACCAACAGCGACGGCCGGACCGGCCGGGCACUCAGCGCCUCGGCCAGGCCAGGCGGGGCAGAGCUACCACGACCGUCUGAACCAGCACUACGCGCAGCGGAUGAAGCACAACCGCUCCAUCAUGCUGUACGUCGUUGGGGCGCUAGCCCUCGCAACCGCCACCACCUAUGCCGCCGUGCCGGCCUAUCGCGCCUUCUGCGCCGCGACAGGCUACGCCGGCACACCCAUGACGGACCCCAGUCGGUUCGAGGCGCACAAGCUGUACGCGACGGACGAGAGCAAGGGAAGACCCAUCACGGUCCGGUUCCAGGCCACGAGCAGCGAUACCCUGCCGUGGAGCUUUACGCCUGUCCAGAAGAGUGUGACGGUUGUGCCCGGACAGACGGCGUUGGCGUUUUACACGGCCACGAAUCACUCUGAUCAGGAUCUUAUCGGCAUUGCGACGUAUAACAUGACGCCGGAGAAGAUCGCGCCCUACUUCGCCAAAGUGGAGUGCUUCUGCUUCGAGGAGCAAAAGAUCCGCGCGGGCGAGGAAGUCGACCUGCCCGUCUUCUUCUUCAUUGACCGGGACAUCAUCGACGACCCGACGCUGGACCAGGUCGACGACGUGAUCCUCUCCUACACCUUUUUCAGGGCGAAGCGCAACGACAUGGGACACCUCGUGCCCGACGCGCCGCUCGAGGUCGUCGAAAAGUCUAUGGGGUGGGACCAGUAUGAGAACUUGCCUGCGAACCCUGUGGGUCAGGAGAAGAAGGCUUGA